AUGGUUAUUCCACAGUCUCAAACAGCAUCGAAUGAAUCAAGAUUAGAAUUAGAUAAGAAUAAAAAAAAUUACAUUAAUGCAUUAACUUUAUCAAAACGAUUAUCUGAUCGUUAUUCUGGUCAUCAAGCAUUAAAAAAUAUAUUCCAUCCUGAAACAUGCCGUUUACGUGAUAAAUUUAAACAAAUGUGUGAAACACUCUUAUUCGACGAUUCAAUUGAUUAUGGAUUAAAAAUUAUCGAUUUACUUUGGCGAAAAGCUGCUUAUGAACCCAUACAAAUAUUUAAACGAUAUCGACAAGACUAUGAUGAAUCAACAAUAGUAGAUGUUCAAAUAUCGUAUCGUAUGCAUUUAUUAUCUGUAUUUGGUUUCUAUUCAAAUCUAUUAAUUAAAUUCGUAUCAAUGAUAAAACCAUAUCGAAAUAUGAGUCAUUUUUUUGAUUUCAUUCAAUUAUUUAAUGAAAACAAAUCUGUUAAUAUAACAACAACAAAAAUUGACAAUUUAAUUGAAUCAUUAUUAAAACUUCUUCAUAAAUGUUUAGUUUGUUUGGGUGAUAUUAGUAGAUAUUUAAGCGAAUAUGAUGGAUGCAUUCAAACAGCAGAAAAAUAUUAUACUAUGGCCGUUCUUCUUGAUCCAGAGAUUGGAAUGCCUUUGAAUCAAUUGGGAACUUUAUGUGGCCGAUCAAAUAGUAGUUCCGAUGCAGCAUUUUUCUAUUUACUUUGCUUGAGUGCAGUACAUCCAUUUGAGGGUGCUAAAGACAAUUUACAAAUGCUUUUUGAACGAAAUGAAAAACGAUUUCUGGAAUUAACUAAACAACAAACAAAAAACCGAAAUGAUAAAACAAGUAAUCGUGAAAUUCGUCGUUUUCUUGUCGAAUUUUUACAUGUCGCUCAUCAAUUACUCGAAUCUAAUAAUAUUGGUCAAAUUCAAGAAUCCGGUCAACAAACAUUAAAUGAUUUCAAUGCUUGUAUGUUUUAUCAAAAUGAUUCUAUUCUGUCCGAUGAUCUUGUCUUUAAACUAUUGUCUAUAUCAAUGAUGCUUGUCGAUCGUAUCCUACGUACACGUAGUCGAACAGUAAAACAGACUAUACUUUUUGCUGGUAUAGCAUUUGCUGUUGCUCUAUUUUCACAUGUAGUUAAUCAUACAAUAAUACGUUUACAAAAUGCUUUCUAUCAAUUACAUGAUGCACGAACAAAAACGAAUGAAAAUGAUUCCGGAGAAGAAGAGGAACGUCGACAGGCUGAAGCCAAAGAAAAACGACGACGAAUGAAGAUAAUGAUGUCUCGACGUCGUCGACGAAGUGCUUCUUCAUCUGAUCAUAAAAGUGACGAUAGUGAAGGUUCAUUAUCGAACGAACGAGAUCAACGACGAGAUGAUUCAUCGGAUGAAGAUCGAUCAGAAGAUGAAAUACCAGAUUAUCUUUCAGGAGAUUCAUCAGAUGAAAACGAACAAAUAAAACCAACUAUUCGAGAUGAAAAAGAUAAAGAAGCCGAAGAAUUAGCAAUUAAAGUAGCACUUGAAGAGUUUAUGGAAAAAAUCAAACAAAGUGGUGCUGUUUUUCAUAAUAAUGAAUCACAACCAUCACAAGCGUCACUUUUUUCAUUUACGGAUCUAUCAACACAUUUGUUUGCUGCAUUUGCGUCUCAUGAUUGCCCAUCACCACUUUUUCUCGAUCAAACAUCAGCAGAUGAUGAUCCAUAUUCUAUGUCAACAUAUAAUUAUGACCAAACAUUUAAAUCUAUUCUUAUUGGAAAUAAACAAAUUAAUGUACCACCAGGAUUCGAACAUAAUAGUGAAGCUUUGGCAGCUGCAGAAAUCGAGCAAAAACUUGCUGAAUUCGAACUUGAACCGAUUAUGGAAAAUACAACCAAUGAAAAACAAGAAGAUAUUGAUAAUGAUCAAAAUACUCUUCAUCAUGGUACAAAAUUAAUAAUUGAAUUAUUGGAAAAUGAAUAUCUUCUCUCUGCCAUAAAAAGUUUUUGUGAUUGGCUUGCUGGCAAUAAACGACUUCUUCAAAUGCUGUUACCGAUAUCACCGGGUCUAUGGUCAAAAUUAGCUUUAUUGUUAAAUUUUCUACCGCAUGAACGAGACAUUCUAAAAAGUGGUUUAAUUCCUUCGACUUCAUCAAUUUAUCCUCUAUUAAGCAAGUUUGUUGAGACCAAAGUGUUUGUCUUUCCAUCGCCAAUGCUUGAUGAAGAUAUUCGAUUACGUGCAUUCCAGUCUUUAAAAGUUGAUCGAAAUUAUAUAAAAUUAAAUUUAAAUCAAUUAUCGUCAUUAAAUAAACUUGAAUCUACAGUAAUUCGUAUUUGUUCACUACGUCGUUUUGGUUAUUAUGCAACAUCGAUUAUACCGAAUUCUCAGUUUAUUUAUGAUAAUGAGAAAUUAUCUUUCAUUGCUACAAAUCCAUUUGAACAAUCGACUGUGACCACAGAUGAUUCAUCAAAUAAACAAACAGAUACGACUGUUGAUGAAGAACGUAAAUCUCGUUUGAUGCGUGAUAUGGCUGCGCUACGUUUACAAGCAGAAAUCAGUCAAUUAGAAAAUUGUUUAAAGAACGAAGAAUUUUCAUUACCACCAUAUCUUGUUAUUGAUUCAUCUGUACUAUGUACAAAUCUUAAUUUAGUACAAAAAUUUGUCCAGUCACAACGUUUUAUUGUUGUUAUUCCACUUGUUGUGAUUGAUAUUCUUGAUGAACUAAAAAAAGAGCAACGUGAAGCUCGUGACGCUAUUCGAUGGCUUGAAAAUCAAUUUCGUCUUGGAAAUAGAUUUAUUCGUACACAAGCUGUACAUGAACGAUUAUCAAAUCAAAAUAAAAAAAAGAACAAUAAAAAUAAAGAUUUUUUUCGUUUUCAAGAAAUGAUAGAUUGCUGUCUUUAUUUUACACAACAAAGUAAUCUCGAUAAGCAAACAACAAGCAAUUCAAUGUCAACGGUUAAUUUGCUUUUAUCAAGGCCAUUAACAAAUAAAGAACAACAAACCAUUGAAAAAGAGGGAGUGAUUGUACAACAUAUUGAUGAUUUUCAUCGUCGUUGGAAACAAUUAACACCAGAAAAAUAA